AAGAGGAACAGACGGAGACGGAGGAAGAGCGACGCGGCAGACGGAGAUAGCAGGAGAUAGUCGACGCAAGUUGACCCGUGUUUCUGUACUCUAGUGUGCACUGUGCACUGUGCCCGUUCCACUACGCGAUUCUCUGGCAGGCAAACUUUACUCCGAGUUGCCGCUUGCCGCCGUUUAGUGAAUCGAGGUAUCGCGUUCUCGAGCGUCGCGUCCUAUCGCGAAGAGCAGUAAGUAGUGCUGUGCGCGCGCUACGCGGGGAAAAAAAACGAGCGCGGUGCAACUCGUGCCGAUAUAUACAGAAGGCCGAGGUGAGGUAGUAUAAUGAUCUGAUCGCGGUCUCAACAUGACCGUGGACUUUGUCGACUAUUUCUGGGGCGAAAAGAAUAAUGGAUUUGACGUGUUAUAUCAUAACAUGAAGCAUGGUGUAAUCGCCAGCAAGGAAUUGGCUGAAUUUUUGCGAGAGAGAUCAGCCAUAGAGGAAAACAAUUAUAAACUCCUCAGUAAGGUAGCGAAACAGGCGAGCAAUAGCACACAAGGGACAUUCGCACCUGUAUGGGCCGCCUUGAGAGGUGCCGCCGAGAAACUCGCUGUUUUACAUUUCCAAAUGGCCCAGCGAGUCUCCGAACUCAUAAAAGAUGUGUCAAAAUAUGCGGACGAGCUACACAAGAAACAUAAGGCUGUGAAGGAAGAAGAAUCGUCUACCUUAGAAGUUGUACAAAGUAUACAGAGCAUUACGGUAACGUUACACAAAGCGAAGGACAUGUGUAUGCAAAAGCGCCUCGAAUUAGAGAAAUUGAGGAAGGACAAUGCCAGUCAGAGGGAGCUCGAGAAGGCGGAGGGCAAGUUCAAAAAGGCACAAGAUGAUUACAGGACACUGGUGGACAAGUACACGAUCAUACGAAACGACUUCGAGGCAAAAAUGACUCAGGCUUGCAGGCGGUUCCAAGAUGUGGAAGAGACGCAUCUGAAGCACAUGAAGGAAUUUCUCAAUACGUACGCUGACGUUUUGCAAACCAAUCACGAGCAGGUCGGCCAGGUGCAUAUCGAUUUCAAACGGCAAUGCGUCGAUAUGACGGUGGAGAAGUUAUUAGAGCAAUUUGUUCAGAGCAAAUACACGGGUUUCGAAAAACCAGGUGUGAUCGAGUAUGAGGAAGUUAUGACGAGUUUAGCGGAAAUGACCAGCCACUCGCAGUCGGAAGGCGGCGUAGAGACACCUAAGGAAACAUCAAAGGGAACCAACGGCGAAACAGGCGUAGCCGGUAACAGUCACAGUUCAAAAAAAGAUCAGGGAUUAAAGGGGGAAGGUGGUACUUUGAGGGUACUGGAUGGGGACAGGGGGAGGGUGAUAUUGGAAAAAGAUAGAGAAAAAGAAAGACAGAAGGAAAAGGACAGAGAACUGUCACAUGCACAAACCACCAAGGCUUCCCGCCGUACUACCUCGCUACUCAACCUGUUCAUGUCCAACUCCCAGGACAAACAGAAGCAAGCAGGGUCGUCUGGUUCGGCACCUGCCACCCCUCAAGGGAACAACCUGCCUCCUGCUGUUCCACCUCCCAGCAUCUCCAGGAACCCUCUCAGAGGAUCUAAAUGGUUCCUACGCAGUAGGAGAGAAAAGCGAAAGGAGAAGAAGGCGAAGAAGAAGAAGGACCUCGUGGACACGAGCAGCAACAAAGAAGAAAAGUCUGACCUGGAGGACAAGGAAGACAGCAGAAAGUCAGAAACGCCGACGCCGGAGGUGGACGAGGACGGUUUUUGUAUUAGACCGAAGCCGGAUCCGUGGGAAAAUGAAAAGGGGUUCUAUUCCAGUUCAGAUACUGAUUCAGAGGAUGAAAGGGAACGUAAAAUUCGAGUGGAAAUAAAGCCUCUCAGCAAUGGCGGUGCACCCAUGAGCGCUAGCGUGGACGAAUUGAGGGCGACAGUGGAAAAUUUAUCUUUAUCACCUGCACCAACAGGACGUAGAGGAUCGAAUACCGAUUCCGAUCAUCACAUGAAAAGGUCUCAGUCAGUGUCACAGCAAUUAGGAGGUAAGCCAAGCUCAGAUUUACUUGGCCUAAACUUGUUCAAUCCUAGCAGUACGCCGUCGAGCGCAUCGACACCGACCGGUAGCCACCCUUAUGCCCCGCUGCAGAGCCCACCGCCACUUUCCACAUCGCCGACUCCGUCGCAGCCGCCGCCGCCACAAUCCGCACCGCCUACACACUCUCAUACCCGAUUCCCAAUAGAUGGGGAUUUAUUUUCGGAAGUUGGAGACAUCACGCCGGCCUUACCGCCCAAGCAGUCCGCGUCCUCGACGCCGACGGGAUCGAUCGUGAUACCCAGACCGCCGUCGCGCCGAGGAGAGGGUCCGUCGCCGCGCGGCAGAAUGUCACCCGCAACGAUAUCCCGCGCCGACAGCGUCGCCAGCCUAGAAUUUCGUACCGCUGGUGUAGGCGUGGGUUCCUCGCGAGGACCGUCCCCACUCACGAUCGGCCUAGCUGACACCAUCCCGCUAGCGGUGGCGUUCCACGAGAUAGUGCAUUCCUAUUUCCGCGGCACGGACGAGACCCGCUGCCAGGUGAAGCUGAGCGGUGACAUGAUGCUCUCGUUUCCGGCCGGCAUCGUCACGGUCCUGGCGAACAAUCCCAGUCCUGCCAAGCUAACCUUCCGCGUGAGGAACACCAACAGGCUGGAGAGGCUGUUGCCGAACAGCCAGCUCAUCAGCAUGGACGCAACUCAGACUACCGUCGACAGUACAAUCUUUGAAUUCAACAUGAGUGCCUUAACUUUGUUGCUACGGCGGCAAGCUGAACAGAAUCCCUCGGCCUCGUAUUUCAAUGUGGACAUUCUCAAGUACCAGAUAAAAUGCAAAGAAGGCGCCGGUUCGUGCCCUUUUCAAUUGGUCGCAUAUUGGAAAUGUGAAACGACCCAUACCGAUCUCAAGAUCGAUUAUAAAUACAACAGUCGCGCUAUGGCCUCGCCGAGCCCUUUGUUGAAUCUCCAUGUUGCGGCGCCCAUCGACGGCGGUUUCAAGUCGCUCAACAGCAAACCGCCGGCACAGUGGCUCCCCGAUACGAAUCGCGUACUAUGGAAAUUCACGGAGAUUUCGCAGCACAGCGAGGGUAACGGAGUCGGAUCUCUGAAAGCGCGAGUCGAACUCGAACACGGCCCAGGCAAUCAGGGCACGAUAUUCACUCAAUUCAAUUGCGAAGGGACCACAUUGUCGGGUGUCGAAUUUGAGCUUAUAGGCUCUGGAUACCGAUUGAGCUUGGUGAAGCGAAAAUUUGUAUCCGGAAAAUAUAUAUGCGACGGGGACUCGGAUUCGCGUUCGAGAUACGCUGCGCCGCCAUCUAAUGCAGAUUGACGACUUCCAGAAUGGGCGCCUCAAUGGGAGAGCCAGCCCAUUUAAUAUUGGUACUUGCUUAAUCAUUCACUGCCCAUAUCACGACUAUCGAUCGUUCAUAUUCCGAUUACGCGUGGAGAAGCUUGUUGGAUACCAAAGUGUGCAUCAGCCGAAGAUCAAACGGAUCUUUUUAUAAAAAUCGUGUACUGUGAAACGUAGAUAGUGGAAAAGGCAUCUUAUAGCCGAAAUGAUAUGCCUUUUCCAAAAUAAUCGAACUUGAUCCAUAUUCUCUCUGCGCGUUCAAUGCCGAACGUUUCAAGUCUUCAUUUGUGUUAAGCCAUACUAUAUUUUAUCUCGACGGGAACAUACAAUUACAUACAGUUAGGAAAUUUAGGUGUAAGACGACACGUUCGACGCUAAAUGCGCUGAUAUUAAGUGCAAGUCGAUCAUUUGUGACUUUGCGAUUAGAAGGAAUAGAUAGCAACAAAAAUCUGACUUGAUGCAAGAUGCGCUACGACGAAUAUGCAUUCUAUGUGUUUUAUAUAUAUAUAACUCGUAUAUUUUUUAAUUUUUUAUAUAUUUCCCGCAUAUUAGGGUACUACCGUACUAAACUAAUAAUAAUACUACUGUUUUAACGAAGUUUCUACGAUAGAACGCAGUAAACAUGCGAGCAGUCUUUCGUCGAACGAGAGAGAUUCUCACACGAAGAUCUUUGGUGUCCAGCAUACUCUCCGACACGAUAACUUCCGCCAUUUGACAAUUUCUCUCUCUACAUAAUCAAAAUACGUCGCGUUUUUUUUUUAAAUCCUCUCUUGAAACAAUGUACAACUCUUUAUUUUAUUGUUACGUUCUGUGUUAUUUUAAUGCAAUAUGUUAGCAUUAUGUAUCAUUAUAUGUUAUAUAACUGGCGCGGAAAGAGAAAAAAAUAUAAACGACAUAUAAAUGCCGAUUAAGUAUAUGUAUGUUUAGCAUUUAUACUUUGGAAAGAAGGGUUAUAUUGCUUUGCGCGUGGCGCGCAAGCUUUUCGACGAAGAGAUUCUGGCACGUACGCCAAUUUUUAGUUGUAUUUCUAUGCGCGCGAAGAUAAUAUUAAAUAGUAGCUGUAUAAUAAGACGCGAGUAAAAACUGUUUCUCCGGUGGAAAUAACGAGACGAGCGAGGAGCGAUAGCGGGAGGAAUAGAAAUAAAGAGUUUAAAUCAACGAUACUUUUUUAAACGUUAGCACAUGUUGGAUGCAAGACGAAUCAAAUACGAUUCUGUAUUUUUGAACGUUUAAAUGUUAAAACACAAUUUUCGACAUCGAUAACAGGAUCCUAGCUUUAGGUAUUAGCUAACGGCGAACGUCGAGGGUCGUUUAUCUAAAUGUUUCAAACUGAGAUUCUUAGUAUUAUACGUAAAAUGCUGAAAGUUUCGUACCUAUUGCGAUUGUGGCGCGUUCCGUUUUCGCCUGUAAGAACGUAUUCUCGUUAUAGUUAUAUAAUACUUGUUCACACGUCACAUUCAUUACUUUAUACAAAUUGAUUAAUUUAAUUGACAAUUUACGAGGUAUCACGAACUAACGUUAAGGUAUUUUAUACAAAAACAUUGAGUCUCAACGAGUAAGUCAAUUUCCGGAAGGCAUUAUUCAACGGGUGAUUUAUUGUAUCAAGUUUACUUUGGCAUUGAUCAAUUAUCAAUUAAUUGGAAAUUAAUUGUGACAAUCGCAAAUGUUCCGAACUGAAUUGAUUUGACAGAUUUAAUUCGUGUAUAGGAUAUAUAUCACAAUCAUAUUUAAAAAAAAAAAAAUGACAGUUGAUUGUAAUAAUAAUCUUAUUAUCGUGUGCAAUAUACAAUUGGUUUCAAAAAUAAUUUUGUUUUCUCUAAACAUAUCUUUAGAUUAUCUAUUACGGUGCAAUUUAACCCAUUAAAAGCCAUAAUAUAGACGAACAUAGUUAAAGCAAAAUUGUUUUUAUUUUUUGAAUACUACACAUACGCGACACACACAAUCUCUCUUUUUCUUUACGCAUAUAUACAUACACAUGUAGUAAAAUAUAAGGAAAUCCAAAAGCUUUUUAACGUGUCGAAAAUCGAUGUGGUGAAAGCUCCAUAACUCAUUAACAGUAGGCCAUACAUUUAUGUGAGCUUUUUUGCUUUCUUUUUACGACUAAUGAUUUCUUAAAAUAAUGAUCUCUGGUUUUAAAUCACCUUCACCCUUACCCUCUGUCUCUUUCACAUACACACACUCAAUGUGUGAGAGAGGGUAAGAGUGGGAUGAUUCAAAACUAGAGAUCAUUAUUUUAGGAAAUCAUUAGUCGUAAAAAAAGAAGCAAAAAGGCUUACUUAAAUGUAUGUCUUACUGUUAUUGAGUUAUGGAGCUUUCACCACAUCAAUUCUCGACACGUUGAAAAACUUUUGGAUUUCUUUAUAUUUUAUCAUACCCAUUUAUAAUGUGUUCCUUUAGAUCAUUCAAGUUUCGGAUUGAAAUUAAACAUACAAGUGACUUCAAAUAAUCCUAUAAGUAUAAUGAAAUACGAGGAGAUCCAGAAGUUUCUCACAUACACAAGAAUCGAUGAGAAGAAUUCGGGCCUGCAUGCAGACAAAUCACAUUGAACAUUUAUUUUAAGAUAAGAACUUGUCGACAUGACUUGCUUAAACAUGACUAGUAAAAAUUUACGGGUCUCCUCGAUGAGCUGGUAACAAUUAUUUAAUUUUUAAUUAUAACGUAAUAUUGUUCGUUGUAUUAAAAAAUUUACUUCAAUGAAUGAUCAACUUUUCAUACGUUCUAAAGUCAUAGAGUCAAUCACGAUUAUCAAGAUAUCAAAAUUGAAACGAUUUACAAAAUAAAUAAUUUUUAUUUUUUAUUUUAUGUAACUGGAUAACGGUAAAUCAUAUAUUUAUAUGAACUUUUUGGUUUUUUUUUGUACGAUUAAUUACUUCUUGGCCUAAUAACCUCGAAUUGUAAAUUCUGUUUACAAGAGAUAAUACAUAAUUAGAAUUUUUUUAUAGAAAGACUUGAUGUAUUUAGAAAGAAAGAAUUAGAUACCGCAAAAGAAAAAUUAUUGCUGAAACUAUUUUAUUCAUUAUACAUAUACAAAGUAUUUCGUAAAUAGUGCCUACUAAUUAUAUAGUGCUAUUCUUUAUUAAAAUUGAGUCAAAAUGUUUUUUCUAUAAUGCUUAAUGAAGUAGUAAUUAGUAAGUAAAGUUAUUUCAAUCGUUCUUUAGACAAACCUACCUACGUCAAUGAGCCGCGCAUUUGAUAGUAUACUUGACGACUUAGCAACGGAACGCUCACUAAAUAGAUUAACUUUACUCAAUAAUUAAGCUGCUCAUUAAGCAUUAUAAAAAAAAGAUCAUGACUUGUUCAGAACUCUUCGAUUCAGUCUUUUGUAAGAACUAGCGGUAUAUAAUUAGUGGGUAUUAUUCAAGAAACAUCUAUAUAUACAUACAACAUACAUAUACAUAUAUAUUACUGCUAUUUCUUAUUUAAAAAAAAAUAUAUAUAAAAUUCUUAUCCUAAGAGUGAAUCUUUGGCUGUUAAUGAGUUAAAUGUCGAUCUUUUAUUGAUAAAAUAUUUUCCAUUUUUACAAAGUGACAAAACUGUUUUUUAUAUCAUUCGUUUCUCCGAAUAUUUUGUUACAUCCAGAUACACUUCAAAAAAUCGCGGAAUCGAUUUUCUUAGAUAUGCGACGUAAUAUAUACGACGUAUACAUAGCGUACAUAAUCUUAUAUAUGUACAUAAGAUUGCGAAAUAAUGUAACUCUUGUAAGAAGCCUGAUUCGAAAUCAUACAAUCCGACACACACGGUAUUUCUCUUCCGUUUUUACAUCGACGACAAGCGAUAAUCGAUGUCUCUGGUCUAAAAGAGAUCAAUUUUCCUCUACGCGAAACUAUUAAUCUUAUCGAUGAUCUUUAGAGAGAAAGUUCGUUUAAACGGCACCUCGAAAGUUGAAGAGUCAACGGGCACUGAGAUACACCAGUUUAUAUCUUCAUCGUUACAACCGCUUGCUAAACGUGAAAUAUCGUUUCUUAUACUUCCCGUUGUUGGAAAGAAACAUUACGACCAGUAAAAGAUUAUUAUAUAAAUACCGUCAUUAUAUAUAUAUUGUUACGUCUCAGCGUUCCUGCGAACUCUCUACGCCUUUCUCCCUCUCUCUCUCUCUCUCUCUCUCUCUCUCUGCGCGCCUAUCAUUUUACGAACUGACACGAAAGCGUCACUUUUAAGAUUGCUUUUUAACUGUAAUCAUUAUGCAGGGAGGGGCGAUACACCAAGGUCUAUACGAAGGGCAAUACAAAAACAUCUGUGACCUAUGACGAAACUUGAGUGACCACUCCAAUCGAGAUUCAAUUGCGUUGAUUGGUAUCGAGUAGUGAGGACCAGUAGAUAUGGUCUUUCUCUUUCGUUUAUCUUCGAAUAUCUCUUCGAAUAAUAGAAAAAAUUUUUCUAGACUUUAUUCCGUUAUUAACGCGGCACGAGCGGUAUUGUCGUAACUAUUUCCAGCUAUGUAGCUUGUUUCGCGUUGAAAAAUUCGCGUGUCAGGAUUGGAAUAAUGCGAUGACGAUGGAGUGAAGAAUCGACUGAGUUCUCCUGUGAUACGCAGAUGUCACUAUAAUUUUGUAAUAAACGUUUGUAUUGAAACACACACACAUACACACACAUAUAUAUGCACGUCACGAUGUAUCGUAAUCACGUUAUCACUUUCUUCCCGACUGAAUCUUGAAAUGACGAUGACGGCGAACGAUUACAACGAGGAGCCACGAGGGAUACAGGAGUAAAACUCACGUUCUUCAAUUGUGUUUUACAUUGAGUUACCGCAAUCUUGUUGCGUAUCUCUUAUACACGUUUAGUUAAUAAUUUUAAUAUUUACGAUAGCCAGAGGAGUAAAAACGAAUCCGACAAUCUGGGUAUCUAUAUUUGAACUUCAGAAAAAGAAAGAAAGAAGAUUAUGCAUUUGGGUGUAAUGCCGUUAAAACAACAGACCUGAAACAUGUACAUUACGCUAACUUCAAGAAUUGUUUUCUCGUAAAUGAUUCAUCGAAUCCGUUCUUUCUCCUCGUACAUUUAUUUCAAUUUUAAAGUAGAAAUCCUGAUGAUUCUUAUGUGAAUCUGCACGUAGGCAGUAAUACUACAGAAGAAGGGACCCAACUCGAAUGGCCUUGAUAUAUGUCGUCAAGAUCAUGAUUCUGAAUAAACUCGAAGUUUGUCGCUUAUUGUUUAUUAAAAAGUUAUUAACACAUAAAAUAAAGUCCUACUGAUUAUGAAUUCUACAUUAUACGUAUUAUAUUUAUUGUAAAGUAAAUACGGAUAGAGAAAAACA